UAAAGAAACCUCCUGGGGGACCUACAAGAAGAUACUCCAAUGCAAUCUAAGGUCCAAUUUCUGAAUCUGGAUGUGCUAUUUAUAGAUAAAAUAAGUCGGUUAAAGAUUAGGGAAAAGCUUAUCCUGACUCGUCCAUAUCAUUCCAUCUGAAUGUUAGUAAUUAAAAAUAUACAAAAUCAAUAUUUAGUUAAGAAGUUAAUUUUGGUUCUCAGAGUCGUUUGGCCUGGUCGCGACUCUGUGCAUUAUGUACUUGCUGAAACGAGCAGGUCGAAUCUUUGCCAAAAGACAACAUCUCGAUCUUGCGAGCAUGCUUCUUUGAGACCAUGGAAGCAUGUUUUUCUAACUUUUGCCAAAGUUGUUUUCGGUGUCAUUAGAGUGCUGUAUUUUCAAUAUAUUAUUACAAAUUAUAGUACUCUGAUAUUUACUGCAAAACGGUGCGUAUACGAUGCCUCAUUCGGUUCUCUACGGAGAUGACUACCGAACUGAACUGUGCAUAUCACUAGGACGGGUUUUACCGUUUUAGGUUGGUCAACUCCAACCUUCGUUAGAGUUAUAGUUACCUCUCUCUUCAGAUUCAUCUUCAAGAAUUCGUUCCAUACCUUUGGGAUAAACAUGGGAUUUCGCUCAAAGACUACCUACUACCUGUUCUUGUUUUGGGGUCAAGAAGUGUUAACCAUGAUGAUUUAAGCAAAAAAAUUUCUUGACAAAUUCCCAUUCGGUGAGAGAAACCCAGUUCAUAGAACAUCGAUUCACGAACUGGGUAACUUCAGAUCCCCAUUUGAGAAAGGUUAGAUUAGUCAACUGGGUUGGCUGUUGUUUUCGUUAAAUUGCUUGGAUUGAGGAAAGUGAGUCAUGGUGGAGGAGCAGGAGGAGGAUCUUGAAUCCUCUGAUAACAUGGUAGAGAAAAAUGACCUCAAAAGAGGCUGUGGUGGUGGUGGUAGUGAUUGUUUCAUGGCUCCAAUCCAUUGGUUGAAUAUGCUUGCCUCAGAAAUGCACUGGACUCUAGUGUUAGGGGUGAUUUUGAUUUAUGGAAUAAAUCAGGGAUUCAGUGGAGCCCUUGGACGUGUUGGAACAGAGUAUUAUAUGAAGGAUAUCCAGAAAGUGCAGCCUUCUGAAGCUCAGAUUUAUGGCGGAAUCACUUCUAUUCCUUGGAUUGUUAAGCCUCUGUGGGGCAUUCUUACCGAUGUUAUCCCGAUAUUUGGGUACCGAAGACGGCCCUAUUUCAUCAUAGCUGGUUCUAUUGGUGUGAUCUCCUUGCUCAUCUUAUCGUUGCAUGAAAAUUUGCAUCUCGUUUUAGCCAUUUUGUUUUUAACAUCCGGGAGUGCUGGUGUAGCAAUAUCAGAUGUGACUAUAGACGCCUGUGUUGCACAGGGUAGCAUUAGUCAUCCUUCGCUGGCAGCUGAUAUGCAAAGCUUGUGUGCCUUGAGUUCCUCCAUUGGCGCACUCAUUGGAUACUCUAUAAGUGGUAUUUUAGUCCAUCUUAUAGGUCCCAAGGGUGUGUAUGGCUUGUUAACAAUUCCAUCUGGGCUUGUUUUUUUUGUUGGGAUUGUGCUUAAAGAACCCCAUGUGCCUAAUUUCCAAUACAGACAGGUAAAGCAGAAGUUUCUCAAUGCCGGCAAUGCUAUGUGGACAACACUGAAGUCGCCAAGUGUAUGGAGACCAUGUUUAUAUAUGUACUCGUCCCUGGCAUUAAGUUUGAAUAUCCUCGAUGGAAUGUUUUAUUGGUACACAGAUGCAAAGGAUGGUCCAGGUUUCUCUCAGGAGAAUGUUGGCUUCAUAUUCUCCAUUGGUUCAGUUGGGGCAUUACUGGGGGCUGUACUCUACCAAAAUGUUCUAAAGGAUUAUCCUUUCAGAGACUUGCUUUUCUGGACACAGUUACUAUAUGGCUUAUCAGGAAUGCUAGACUUAGUGCUGGUUUUGCGACUGAAUCUCAAAUUUGGCAUACCUGAUUACUUCUUUGUGGUAAUCGAUGAAAGUGUAUCUCAAAUGAUUGGAAGGCUUAAAUGGAUGCCUCUUCUUGUGCUCAGCACCAAGCUUUGCCCCUCUGGUAUUGAAGGCACUUUCUUUGCUUUGCUCAUGUCCAUUGAUAACAUUGGACUUCUCUCGGCAUCCUGGGGUGGAGGUGUUCUGCUUCAUGUGUUGAAGAUUACUCGAACACAAUUUGAUAAUCUAUGGAUUGCAAUUUUGAUCCGGAACAUAUUGAGAGUCAGCCCUCUAUGUCUGCUAUUUUUAGUACCCAGAACUGAUCCCAAUUCUUCCAUUCUUCCCACGGAAAUUUUUGACACAGAAGAGGAGACUGAAACAGAAGAACAUAAGAUUGUUGAAUUGAUUUCCCUUGUAAACAACUUCGAUAAUGGUAGAUAGCCAAAACAGAACAACAUUGUCAUUCACCCCAUACCAUUUUGAAAUUUCACAAACAGAUUCAGGUAAACAGUAAAGAUGCAAUUGUUUGGGUCAAAACUAAAAGUUCCUGGUGAGCACUUUCAUAUCUAUAAUUUGUUGCACCAUCGUCAUCUCACAAAGAUUUUUCAUUUUGGGAGAACAAUACACUGGAAGGGAACCAUUUUCUUUUUGUUUUACAUUGAUAUGCUUAUAUCAUAAGGGAAAUUACCCCGAUUUAUGUCAAAAGUGUACUACUGCCCUUGGAUUAUAUUCAGCGACAUCCUUGAUUUGA